ACUAAGAGCGGGGAUUAUUUCCGUAAAAGUUUUGUUGUGUGUUUGUGCGGUGGUGUGCGUGCACGUCGUUAAAUGUCUUCGUUCGAAAAGACGCGCACAACAAAAAGUUCAACUCGCAACUUUGGCAACUUACGCAGCGAAGUCUUUCGGUUAAUGGUCGAAAAACCAGCGAAAUGGUUUAGUACUUGUGCUCAUUAGGAGAGAGGGGACGGCUAUGUAAAAGUUAACGGUGCGUUUGUUGCUGCAUCUACAGGUGGUAUCGUGAGAUGCCGAUGCCGUUUUACGGUCCGUGGUGUUAAAAAUGAAGUGAAAAAGUGCAUCACGAUGUAAAAUCCAGUGAGUUUUCCAACUUUUCACCUGUUUUGUGAGACUGAACGAAACUGCUAAAAUGUUGGUGAAGAGGUGCACCAUGGAGGAGAAGGAGCGGAAAACACGACACAUGUUUUUAGGGAUUAAAACUUAUUUAUUUAUUGUAUGUUUAGCCAGUGUUCCUCACGAUGCUUUAGCUGAAAAUUCACUGCAAGCUCCAAGAUUCACGACGUCGUCGGCUAGCAGUAGUAUUAUUAGAUUAGGAACGACAAAAAUUAUCCAGUGCCAAGCCUUUGGCAAUCCCUCGCCGCAGUUUAGGUGGCUGAAAGACUGGGUGCCAAUAACUGAAUUUUCAACCGAUGCUUACUACAAAAUCAUCUCCGCUAGUCAUAAGGAUGAGGGCAGCUACAGGUGUAUAGCAGCCAACAAAAUCGGCUCAAUACUCAGCGAGGAAAUGAAGAUUCUCGUAGCGUACAUGAAGGUUUUCGAAGACCAGACUGAAAAGAGCGAGUCCGUCGUCGAAGGGCAAGCUGCAAUUUUAAAUCUUCCGGAAAUCGAGUCGAAGCCUAAGCCUGAGGUGACCUGGCACACCGAAAGCGGUCAAUUACCAUACGCUCAAAAAUACGCCAAAUCGAAAUCCAACCAGCUUAUCAUCCUAUCGACUGACAAGUCCGACCAGAAAGCGUACAGGGCGCGUGCAAUAAACACCCAAGAGGGCAAGGAAGAGAACAGCGCUUUUAUAAGACUGACCGUGCAAGAAUCGAGCGAUCACAAGGAAAUCGCGCCGCAAAUUAUUGUCCCUCCCGAAGACGUGAAAAUCGUCAGAGGGACAGCUCAGACAACUUUGGAUUGCAUCGCCAACGCCAGGCCGCUGCACGAAUUGGAGACGUUGUGGUUCAAGGAUGAUAUUUUGAUAGAGAAUGGGGGAAUGUACUCGCUGAACGAUAUUUGGAACAGGAGUUUGACGUUAAUUUCGGUUAACACCACCCAAAGUGGACAAUAUGAAUGCCGUGUUAGGCUGAGAUCGGAACGGUUUGAUACUGUCACAGCUAAAGCGAUUGUUACUGUACUUGAAAAACCGAGAUUUGUGAGCGCCACAAGGGCCGAAACGUUGGGCGAGUACGGAACACCCAUUAGCCUACCUUGCGAUGUGGUUGGAAUACCGAAACCCAAUGUUACGUGGUAUAAAAACAGCCAAGAGGUUGAUCUGACCGACAAGAGGUACGUCCUCGAAGAAGACAAUUCAUUACGUAUUAAAAAGCUGUUAAUAAACGACAGCGGCAUGUUUCAAUGUUUUGCCAAAAGCGAGGCAGGGGAAAGUUCAAUUUCGACAUGGUUAAAGGUGAAAAGUAAGUAUUGGCAUAAAACUCAAACCCGAAAUAAAAUUUUUCACCACUAUCAUGCAGAGCGGAGAAAAGUGAGAAGUUUAGCGGCUAGAUAUGCCAGAUUGAGAAGUUCCGGCGAACGCCAUAGCAAAAAGAAUUUUGUUUUUGUGACACAAUCUGCGGGUCCCGUGAUGGAAUUAGGGCCUCAAAAUGCCACAGUUCUCGAUGGUAAAGACGCAACUUUAGCUUGCCGAGCUGUAGGAGCCCCAACACCCAAUAUCACCUGGUUUUACAAAGGGGAUCUUAUUGAGACCUCAAGCCGCGUCCAAAUUCUCGACACUGGAGACUUGCUAAUAGCUGCUGUUAAGGAAUCAGAUGUUGGAAUGUACACUUGUUUAAGAGCCAACGAAGCCGGCGAAGUACGAGGCUCUGCACAUUUGGGAGUCUUGGUUCGCACCCAAAUCAUCCAACCUCCGGUGGACACGCGGGUGCUCCUCGGGCAUACGGCCACUCUUCAGUGUAAAAUCUCCUCCGAUCCUGCUGUCCCUUUCGACUUGCGGUGGUACAAAAAUAAACAAGCUUUAAAUCCGAAAGCGAGUUCAAGGAUAAGUAUUUUAAAGGAUGGCACUUUGGAAAUACAAGCAGUUCGAGCUGCGGAUGUCGGUCUCUACACAUGCUCGAUUAAAUCACCUGGUGGUAACGAAACUAGAUCGGCUAAAUUGAGCGUUAUCGAACUACCAUACGCCCCUACUAAUGUUAAAGCCGAAAGACUGGAUACGGCCUCGCAAAGGGCGGUUAAUGUCAGUUGGAUACCUGGAUUCGAUGGAAAUAGUCCGAUAAAACAAUUUAUUAUACAAAAAAGAGAGUUGCCUGAACUUGGCCCAAUUCCAGAUCCUUUACUCAAUUGGGUAACUGAACUCAGUAACGUAUCAGCCGAACAAAGGUGGAUUUUAUUAACAAAUUUAAAAGCAGCUGCUGCAUAUCAGUUCCGAGUUAGCGCCGUUAAUAGUGUGGGAGAAGGAAGUCCGUCCGAACCCAGUAACCAAGUCAUGUUACCUCAAGAAGCCCCUUCUGGACCUCCUGUUGGUUUCGUGGGUUCAGCCCGAAGUUCCUCCGAAAUCAUAACACAGUGGCAGCCACCUCUCGAAGAGCACCGUAACGGUCAAAUCCUCGGUUACAUAAUCAGAUACAAAUUAUUCGGUUACACCAACAGUCCUUGGAUCGUUCAAAACAUAACAAACGAAGCGCAAAGAAAUUACUUAAUUCAAGAUUUAAUAACUUGGAAAGAUUACAUCGUCCAGAUCGCCGCCUACAACAACAAAGGCGUUGGGGUUUUCACCGAAGGCGCCCGAAUUAAGACCAAGGAGGGCGUCCCCGAAGCCCCCCCUAUAAUUCAAACGGUGGUCCCCCUGAACUCCACCACAAUCCAAAUCACGUGGAAACCGCCAGAUCCGCAAAAAAUCAACGGAAUCAACCAGGGAUAUAAAAUCCAAGCGUGGCAAACCGACAAAAACGGCGACUUAUUUGAAGCCAAAAUGAUAACAGUUCACCCGAAUUUACUCGACCCGAACCAGGAACAAACGGCGCUUAUGACGGGCCUAGAGAAGUUCACCGACUACAAUGUUACGGUCCUGUGCUUCACCGACCCUGGUGAUGGCGAAAUCAGCGAGUUUGUCCCAGUGAAAACAAAAGAAGAUGUACCUGACGAAGUCAGCAACUUGCAAUUCGACGACAUUAGCGACCGCGCCGUUAAAGUCAUCUGGCAGCCCCCCAAGCACAUCAACGGCAUCUUAACGGGGUACCAAAUCCGGUACCAAAUUCGCGACAAGCCCGACACUGUCAAAAUCAAGAACCUCACAGCCGAUACCCUCAGCCUCAAAGUAACCGACUUGCAAGCCACCACUCAUUACAAAUUUGAGGUCACGGCCUGGACUGCAAUGGGGGCAGGCCCCCCUAAAGUGGCGAUCAUCCAGUCGGGGGUGGAGCCCGUCUUGCCCCAUCCCCCCAACAAACUCGCCUUAUCCAACAUUGAGGCCUUCUCUGUAGUUUUGCAAUUCACCCCCGGCUUUGACGGCAACUCCUCCAUCACCAAGUGGACGGUGGAGGCCCAAACUGCGCGCAACGCCUCCUGGUUUGUCGUUUUCGAAAUAAGCGAUCCAGACGCAACUACGAUUACUGUUACGGGACUUGUCCCUUUCACUGUCUAUAAACUGCGGUUGAUUGCGAAUAAUGUCGUGGGGGCUUCCGAGCCCUCCGAAGCCUCCAAGGAGUUCCAGACGAUCCAAGCGCCCCCAGCACACCCCCCGAAGAACGUCACAGUGCGGGCCAUGAGCGCGACUGAAGUGAGGGUUCGCUGGAUUCCUCUGCAGCAAAUCGAAUGGUUCGGGAACCCGCGAGGGUACUCGAUUAGUUACGUGGAGGUGCGAACGGGGGAAAAACAGACGGCGACAAUUGACGAUCAUACGGCCAAUUCGCAUGUGAUUACCGGAUUGGAGGAGUUUGCGUUGUAUGAAGUGUCCAUGCAGGCGUGCAAUGACGUGGGGUGUUCCAUGGACGGGCCCGUGGCUUUGGAGAGGACCAGGGAGUCAGUACCAUCGUUCGGGCCGUUAAACAUCGAAGCGAACGCUACCUCUAGCACAACAAUCGUAGUGAAAUGGGGUGACGUCCCGAAAGAACACCAAAACGGCCUAAUUGAAGGCUACAAAGUUUAUUACGCCGCCGAAUCAAAAUCGCCCGUACAGUACAAGCUAAUCGCCAGCAAUUCCACUUUUACAACCACUUUGACCGAAUUGCGGAAAUUCGUCGUUUACCGCAUCCAGGUCCUGGCGUACACACGGCUCGGCGACGGCGAGCCCAGCAAACCGGCCGUCAGCGUGCGAACCUUCGAAGAUGUCCCGGGCCCCCCCUCGAAUGUGUCAUUCCCGGACGUUUCCGUCACUUCGGCCAGGAUCAUCUGGGACGUCCCGGAAGAACCCAACGGCGAAAUCCUGGCGUACAAAGUCACAUAUCAUAUCGACAACGUGAACGUUAAUAAUAAAUACUCGAAGGAAUUUCCGCCGUCUGAUAGAACGUUCAGGUUUACGCAGUUGGAGCCUGAGAAGUAUUACAUGUUUUCUGUGACUGCUCAGACCAGAUUAGGUUGGGGCAAGACAGCUCAUGCUUUGGUUUUUACAACGAAUAAUCGAGACACACCACAGUCACCAUCUAUGCCACAAAUCAGUCGCAGUCAGGUACAGAGCAAGCAGAUCACUUUCAGCUGGACACCGGGCAGAGACGGAUUCGCACCGUUGAGAUAUUAUACGGUCCAAAAAAUGGAAAAUGGGGGCCCUUGGCAGUCCCUUCCCGAACGUGUGGACCCUCAACUCACCUCAUACACCGUCUCUGACCUCAAACCCUUCACUUCAUACCGCUUCAGAAUCCGCGCAACGAACGAUAUAGGUCCCAGCCCCUUCAGUCCCGAAUCCAUCGAAGUCCGCACUUAUCCAGCAGCCCCCAGCAAAGGCGUCAUGAACUUAAAAGUAGUUCCCAUAACAACGACAAGUGUCGAAGUCUAUUGGGACCCAGUUGAGGAGAAGUACUGGAACGGGGACGUCAAAACAGGGGGCUAUAGAGUAGUCUUUCAACCCGUCUCUGACUAUCCAACUGCACUGCAGGCAACACCCAAGGAGGAAAUUUUCGGAAUCAAUGCCAAAAAAAUGGUUCUGAGCGAAUUAUUGCAAGACAAGAAUUAUGAGAUAGUUGUGGUGCCGUUUAAUUCGCAAGGGGAGGGCCCCGCAACGCCCCCUGUCACAGUGUAUGUAGGGGAAGCCGUCCCAACUGGUGAACCAAGGGACUUGGAGGGCGAAGCUGUUUCCUCGACGGAAGUUCGCUUGAAAUGGAAGCCGCCACAGCAGCAGCAACAAAACGGCGAAUUGUUGGGAUACAAGAUAUUUUAUUUGGUGACAAACUCGCCGCAAGAUUUUGACGAGGGCCACAAGUUCGAGGAGGAAAUCGAAGUGAUUGCAGCUACGAUGACCUCGCACAGCCUUGUCUUUCUCGACAAAUACACCGAAUAUCGCAUACAAAUUCUGGCGUUUAACCCAGCAGGUGAUGGACCACGAUCGCGCCCCAUCACAGUUAAGACCCUUCAAGGUCUCCCUGGUCCACCAGCCAAUCUACGCUUUUCUGACAUAACGAUGAAUAGCUUGCUCGUGUCGUGGGAUCCCCCGAAAAAACGCAACGGUGACAUAAUCGGAUACCUUGUCACGUAUGAGACGACCGAGGAGAACGAACGUUUUAGUAAACAAGUCAAGCAGAAAGUGACGUCGACGGAACUCUUGCUACAAACUUUGGAGGAGGAAAUCACUUACACGUUCACAGUGCGGGCACAAACCAUCGAUUAUGGGCCCUCUAUUUCGGAUAACGUCACCACAGGGCCACAGGACGGCUCCCCAACGACGCCAAAAGAACUCACUUUGAUUAAAACACCGUCAAGUGUGGAGCUGCACUGGGUCAAUGGCUUGACCGGAAAGGGGCCAAUUCUGGGCUACUAUAUCGAAUCGAGGAAAAAAGAUGACCAGAGGUGGCAAACAGUCACGAAAUCGACAAACGGGCCUUUGCAAGAAUUUACAGUUUCGUACCAAAGUCUCCUCCCCUCAACCUCUUACUAUUUCAGAGUUUUUCCUUACAAUAAAUUCGGUAUUAGUUGUCCCGCGUACACCAAAGACCCGGUCGUAACACCGUCAAAACUGUACUUGGAAUAUAGCUACUUACAGUAUGAACCCUUCUACCGACAGACCUGGUUCAUGGUCGCCCUGGCAGCGACCUCCAUCAUCAUUAUCAUAAUGAUAAUUGCGAUUUUGUGCGUUAAGAGCAAAAGUUACAAAUAUAAACAAGGUGCCCAAAAUAGUAUGGGCGAACUCAUGGCAAUGUCACGCGACGACAUGACCGCUGACUAUUACCGAACUCGCAACGGCACAAGUAACCUAAGCUCGACUCUUUCAAAACGUAGCACUUUAUCCCGCAAGCCGGUCCAUCAACAACCCCCUCCAAUGUUGGGGAAAUCCCCUCCGAGACCAUCGCCGGCUUCAGUGCCCUACAACUCAGACGAGGAAAGUCUCAAGGGCUACGAUGAGAAUCCCGACGAUAGCAGCGUGACCGAGAAGCCGUCAGAAAUGAGCUCUUCUGAAUCCCAGGGUUCGGAAAGCGAAAACGACAGUGUCCUCUCGAAUUCGCACUCGUUUGUGAACCACUACGCCAAUGUGAACGAGCCAUUGCGACCGUCCUGGAAGCGCCAAAAGCCGGUCAGGAAUUUCUCGAGUCACACUGAUUCGGAACCGGAAGGUUCGGCGAGUUUGAAUGGAGGACAGAUUAUCAUUAAUAACAUGGCGAGGUCAAGGGCGCCCCUACCCGGAUUUUCGUCGUUUGUUUAAUGAUAGCUGAAUUAAGAAAAUUUGAUAAUGCCACUGUUACUUAAGUAUCAGAUUUUCGUGAUCUAGGCAAAGACUUGACAUUUUUGUACAUAUUUUUAAUUCAAAGUCUAUUAAGUGAUUAGAGUCAGACUUACUAUUUGUAUAUAAAACCUGUAGGACUUUUUACUGUAGAUAACGUUUCAAAGCGCAUCUAUUCACAUUACCAUUCAUUCCUAUUUAUAUUUUUAUAUCUUGAUAUCUAUUUAUUAGCAAUUCUCCCUCGACCAUGAAGCUCAAGACGCGUUCGAUUUUUUUUGACAUGACGGUUUAUUUAGCUUUUGAUGUUAUGGUCUACAGCUUUUUGAUGUCGGCAAUAUACAGUGCGAUAUUUAUGUUUUGUGGAUAUUCGCUCCAAAGAGUGUCUCAAUGUAUUGUUUUACGUUUAGUAUCCCGAGAGCGUUAUCAAUGUACUGAUAGUAUUUACACUGCCUAAGUUUAAUGUAAUUAAGUGUAACAAAAUUUUAAAUAAAUCUGUGAUCCUCUAAUUUAAACAA